GGCAACUGAAUACAAAUGCAGAAGGAAAUAGAUUGAUGAAUAUAGAGUUUCUGACAUGCAUGAGAGGUGAGCAUAGUAAUAGGCAUGUUACCACUGAAUGAGAAACUAGUUGUUUAUAUUUCACUGCCUAAAAAUUACAAUUAAAGUGCAUUGUGCUGUGUUUGUACAAUAUUCAGUCAUUGUCAUUGUACUUCUGCUGUUUGCUCUAGACAAUUGGUUUCACAAUGGGCUCCAUCGGUGCAGCAAGCGUGGAAUUUUGUUUUGAUGUAUUCAAGGAGCUGAAAGUUCAGCAUGUCAACGAGAACAUCUUCUACUCUCCCCUGAGCAUCAUUUCAGCUCUGUCCAUGGUCUACCUAGGUGCAAGAGAAAAUACCAAAGCUCAGAUAGAUAAGGUUGUUCACUUUGAUAAAAUUGCAGGCUUUGGAGAGGCUAUUGAAUCUCAGUGUGUCACAUCUGCAAGCAUCCACUCACUUAAAGACAUGUUCACCCAAAUCACCAAACCAAGUGACAAUUAUUCACUCAGCUUUGCCAGUAGACUUUAUGCUGAAGAGGCAUACUCAAUCCUACCGGAAUACUUACAAUGUGUGAAGGAACUGUAUAAAGGAGGCUUGGAAACUAUCAGCUUUCAAACAGCUGCAGAUCAAGCCAGAGACCUCAUAAAUUCCUGGGUUGAAAGUCAGACAAAUGGAAUGAUCAAAAACAUCCUUCAGCCGGGCGCUGUGGAUCUCGAGACUGAAAUGGUCCUUGUCAAUGCAAUUUACUUCAAAGGAAUGUGGGAGAAAGCAUUUAAGGAUGAAGACACCCAGACAGUGCCUUUCAGAAUGACUGAGCAAGAAAGCAAACCUGUGCAGAUGAUGUAUCAGGUUGGUUCAUUUAAAGUGGCAGUGAUGGCUUCUGACAAAAUUAAGAUCCUGGAGCUUCCAUAUGCCAGCGGACAGUUGAGCAUGGUGGUUGUGUUGCCUGAUGAUGUCUCUGGCCUGGAGCAGCUUGAAGCUUCAAUCACCUCUGAAAAACUCAUGGAAUGGACCAGUUCUAGUAUUAUGGAAGAGAAGAAAAUUAAAGUGUACUUCCCCCACAUGAAGAUUGAGGAAAAAUAUAACCUCACAAGUGUCUUAAUGGCCUUGGGUAUGACCGACCUGUUCAGCUCUUCAGCCAAUCUCUCUGGCAUCUCUUCAGCAGAGAAGCUGAAGGUGUCUGAAGCUGUCCAUGAGGCAUUUGUGGAAAUCUCUGAAGCAGGCAGUGAGGUGGUAGGCUCAACAGAAGCUGGGACAGAAGUUACAAGUGUCUCUGACGAGUUUAAGGCUGACCACCCUUUCCUUUUCUUGAUCAAGCACAACCCAACCAACAGCAUUCUCUUCUUUGGCAGAUGCUUUUCCCCUUAAAAAGAAGAAAGCUGAAAAAAUUUCUGUCCCUCACAGCAAGACCCAAAGCACUGCAAUAUCAAGGGUAAAAAGAAACACAUAUCCCCUCUUUCAUCGGUAUUUUCUAGAACCGGAAGGGUUU